GUUUAAAUCUGGGCUGGAAUCUCACAGCAUCCUCAUUCAGGUGAACCAACGGUAGACGGAGGACCUUACCGGAUUUUGUGACUUAGCCUCGCUCUUUGCACUUAUUGUUUUUAGUCUUUAUUUUUUACUCUCAGACGUUUUUUAGCCGGACUAAAAUGGCAAACUCAGGGGUACAACUUCUUGGUUUUACCUUGGCUUUCAUUGGCUUUAUUGGCCUGAUAGCAUCCACAGCCAUGGCCGAAUGGAAAGCGUCUUCUUACGCCGGGGACAAUAUCGUAACAGCGCAAGCGAUAUACGAGGGACUGUGGAUGUCGUGCGUGUCGCAGAGCACUGGGCAGAUUCAGUGCAAAGUGUAUGACUCCCUCCUCCAGCUGCCGAAGGAGGUGCAGGUCACCCGUGCGCUGAUGAUCACAGCCAUCCUCCUGUCCUUCAUCUCCAUGCUGGUGGCCAUGCUGGGAAUGAAGUGCACCACCUGCCUGGAGGGAGACCCGCAGCAGAAGCAGAAAGUGGCCAUGGCUGGCGGGAUCCUCUACAUCAUCUCUGGCCUUUGCGCUCUAGUGGCAACCUCUUGGUAUGGAAACAGAAUUGCAGCUGACUUCUACAACCCUUUCACUCCCACCAACAGCAGGUAUGAGUUUGGGAAGGCCCUUUUUGUAGGAUGGGGCGCUGCUGCCCUCUCGAUCUUGGGAGGCUCCUUCCUGUGCUGUAACUGCAUGGGCUCUGGAUCAGGACAGGCUCGUCGCUACCCCAAAACAUCUGGCACCCCCGGAACGGACUAUGUGUAGAGAAGAAGGGAACCACCAGGGGGCGCAUGUCUGUCCCCAGCUCAGGAACCACACAGCAAUGGAUCCAGCAACAGGAAACUCUAUGGUUUCUAGUUUGUUUGCUUGUUUUUAAAGGUUUUUCCAACAUCAAGUCAUGACAAAUGCCCUUAAAUACACUGAAAUUACUCUUCUGGCUUAUGUUGUCAUAACAGGCAUUCAUCCAUAUUCAUAUAUACAUUCAGUAUAUUUUCUUUUUUUGUAAAUACUAUAAAGGCAUGAUCAUGGAGAGGGGUGAGUGUUUCUCUUCUGGUUAUCGCGCUGACUGUUUGAGUAGCCGCACAAACCAGUGACAAUUGAAAAUACAGGAUGUUGACUAAAUUAAUUCUUCUGGCAUGUGUUGUACUUUGAAACUGAGAUAUUCCACUUGCGCCAGUGUUCUGUGUCAAUCACAGAUUUCGCAGUGUUUCCCAGCAGGAUUAUAAAGCUAAUUGUUAAAUGAAAAUGUGAACCUCACGUUGGGUCCAUCUCAUUUCAAAGAGAUUUUAAGGGUGAAUUUUCUGAUUUGUAUAUUACAUUAUGAGGGUGGCUUUUGGUCAGAUUGAUCCUUUGAAAUACUUUCAGUUAAAAGGGCAAAGUGAAGUAUUAAGGUACAAUAGGAAACAAGCCUAACAAAGCGGUUAGCAUUUAGCGCUGGUCCCUGAGAUUACUUUUUUAAUUUGAGGAUCUUGUUAUUGCAUUUUAAAUGUUUAUAUGUAUAUUUUUGAAGUUAUUUUUACAUUGUGAUAUGGUCUGCUUGCUUUUAAAACAAAAUUUUUGUUAUGUGAGUACUUGAAUCAAAAUGUUUCCCCCUUGUGUUGCUCUCCCUUAUGAAUGAUAGUAUAAAUGUGUACUGUGUGCGUUAUAUGUUCUGGGGUAGGCUCAGAGCUCAACACAGACUUGAGGAUAUUUGUAUAUUGUCCCCAAAACCAAACAACUUCAAAACUGCCAUUGGAAAACCUUCAUAUAUGUAUCAUUCCCUGCAAAUUACUCUUAAUUUUAAAAA